AUGUUGUCCAAGUUGUCUCUGGUCUCCCUUCUGUCCGCCGCCGUCUCGGCGUCUCCUCUCCUUGCCCCGGUGGCCGGCCUGAACGAGAGAGCCAUUACGGUGACCGCGGCCGACCUCGACAACCUCAAGUACUACACGCAGAUGGUUCAGGCGACAGCUUGCAACAGCGAUGCUGCUGCUGGAGCGGCCAUCGUCUGCUCCUCGGACGCUUGCCCUGCCGUCGAGGCUAACGGUGGAAAGAUCGUUGGGACCUUCACUGGUCCCGCCUCUGGCCUGGAGGGCUUCGUCGGCACCGACCCCGUGAGGAAGAACAUCGUCCUCGCCGUCCGCAGCUCCCACAACGUCCGUAACUGGAUCACCAACCUCUUGUUCGGCUUCGAGGACUGCGACUUCGUCGACGACUGCAAGGUCCACUCUGGCUUCGCUAGUGCAUGGGACGAGAUCAAGGACUCCGUCAUCGCCUCCGUGAAGACGGCAAAGGCCGCGAAUCCGGACUUCUCAGUUAUCGCAACCGGACACAGCUUGGGUGGCGCGAUCGUCACCGUCGGCGCCGCCGACCUCCGCCGCGAAGGCUUCCCGGUCGACAUCUACACCUACGGCAGCCCCCGCGUCGGCAACGAGGAGUUCGUCAACUUCGUCACCGACCAGCCCGGCGCCGAGUUCCGCGUCACUCACGUCGACGAUCCCGUCCCCCGCCUGCCCCCCAUCUUCCUCGGCUACCGCCACACCAGCCCCGAGUACUGGCUCUCCACCGGCAGCACCACCACCAUCGACUACGCCGUUCAGGAUAUCAAAGUGUGUGAAGGAGAUAAGAGCACUUCUUGCAACGGAGGUACGUUUGGGCUUAACAUCGACGCCCACAAGUACUACUUCAGCAAGACGGGCGCCUGCAACACCGACGGCUUCGAGUUCCGCGAGAGGGAGGAGGAGAUCUCCGACGAGGAGCUCGCAGCCCGCCUCAAGACGUGGGCGCAGAUGGACGUCGAGUUCACCAAGGGUCUGGGUCUCUAA